AUGCUGCCAGAUUUUUCAGGAGGCGAAAUGAAACGACUCGCGUUCGCGUCGGAGAUGCUCAGCAAUCCACCGAUUUUGUUUUGCGAUGAGCCGACCAGUGGAUUGGACUCCUACAUGGCCGAACUCGUUGUCACAAGAUUGGAGUCGCUAGCUGGUGAUCGAGGAAAGACGAUUAUUUGCACGAUCAAACAACCAUCGUCAGAAGUUUUCAGAUUAUUUGACAAGGUGGUAUUUCUCGCUGAGGGCCGAGUGGCCUUUCACGGUGCCCCAGAUGAAGCGGUUACAUUCUUUGCAAAAUGUGGAUUCAUGCUCCCGGAUCACACAAACCCAGCGGAUCAUUUCACAGAUGUAAUGCUACUUACAAACUUGACCCGCGAAUCUCACAUGAGUCCUAGUACUGAAUUGAUUGCGUCCAAAGAGUUCAAUACGCAAAUUCCCAUCGGCAUUAAUGUGACGGGAACUCUUGUUCGCUCAUGA